CGAGGCCUGCGCAGCGUCCUCGGUGGAUAGAUUCUAGCUAACUCGAUUGUAUCGCUUUUCCCUUGCAGCUAUUUAGCGAGCCAGCUAGGCUAACGUUACAGUGAUCAACGGAGUUUGCGGAAUCGCUCUUAACUAUUGAAGCUAGCUUGUUUCGCCUGUUAUUUCUGUCGGUGGAUACUCCUACCGCGUUGCGUCUGGAGAGGCCAAUGCAAUAAAAACACAAACAGACUGCUUGUCUAUAUUUUAAAAUGUCGGCGUUUUCCGAGGCCGCUUUAGAAAAGAAACUCUCGGAGCUCAGCAAUUCGCAGCAAAGCGUUCAGACACUGUCGUUAUGGCUAAUCCACCACAGAAAACACUCGAAAACCAUCGUUACGGUUUGGUACAACGAGCUGAAAAAAGCCAAGGUUGCACGUAAGCUGACCUUUCUGUACCUGGCCAAUGACGUCAUCCAGAACAGCAAGCGGAAAGGGCCUGAGUUCACAGACGACUUUGCGCCUGUCAUUGUAGAUGCUUUUAAACACGUGUCCAGUGAGUGUGAAGGGGACUGCAAGAAACAGCUGGGUCGGGUUCUGAGCAUCUGGCAGGAGAGGGCAGUGUAUGAAAACGAUCUGCUGGACAAGCUGGCACAGGUCCUGCAUGGGGAGAAGAAGCCCAAGAAGCGGCCCUAUGAAGAGAUCCAGCUGGACCACGGUGACUUCCCCUGUCAGAGCUCACCAGAAGAGCCCCCGCAGACGUCGGAGCUGAUCAGGGCCUUGCAGGAGCUGGAGAACGCAGCGUCUGGAGACGCCACGGUGCGACAGCGCAUCUCCUCCCUCCCUCCGGAGGUCCUGGACACCUCGCUGCUGAACAGGAUCACCGACAAAGAGUCCGGGGAGCGUCUGUCACGGCUGGUGGAGGAGGCGUGUCUGCUUCUGGCUGACUACAACGGCCGAUUGGCUGCGGAGAUCGACGACCGGAGACAGCUGACACGCACGCUGGCCUCGUUUCUGCAGAGCCAACGGGACGGCCUGGCUGAGAAAGAGCAGAAACUGGAAGAGUACAAGCACAAGCUGGCGCGGGUGUCGCAGGUGCGCAAGGAGCUGCGCUCGCGUUUGAGCAGCCUGCCCGACCUCUCCCUGCUGCCCAGCGUGACGGGCGGACGGCUGAACCUGCCCUCCUCCGGAGACCAGUACACCUCUGACUGACGCUCCACGUCACACCCCACCCCCCCCUGGCGAGCGCGGCUCAGAGAGGGCCCGGUCGGAAGUGAAGUCCAGGGCAGGAAUUUGGAAAGCGCCGCUCGCUUUCGGACUUCAUCUCCCACCAUAAGCUGUGAGAACACAUCGCCUGUUGAACUCAACCCCCUCUCUCCGAUUGGCUCUCCCUACCCAUGCGGUCUUUUAUCUUCUGUCCCUCCUUUUAUCCUUCCUGUGUCUUAGUCACCCCCCCCCCCCCCCCCCCCCACAACUCUGAGCAACCUGUACACCCCCUAGUUUCUCCCUGCAUUUUAAUCUGAAGUGGAUGUAGAAAAAUUAGAGAAAAAAUAACAUGGAAAAAUGUACAAUUUAAGUCAGUGCAGUGCAGCAUACAUACAUAUUCAGUUGCAGUAUUUUAUUAUAAAUGUUGCUUUAGAAUUGCUGUGAUCUAUGAUUCAUCACUGUAUGUAUAUGUGUGUUAUCCAGAUACUAUAUAAUUGGGUCAUUACUUCACCCCCACUGAAGAAAACAAGCAACUUUAUUUUUACCUCAAAUUGGAACGUUUUGAAUGAGUUGAAACUGUUUUAACUAUAAGGCCUUUGCGUAUUAAAAAUGAAGGUGAAAUUUUAGACAGCACUGACUCCUUUUUCCACUACAGUAGAUGAGAGGGAGAAAAAAAACUUUCUCUGGAAAAUACUGGCCUACGUUGCAAAAAUUAUUUAUAUUAUGUAAAACUGAACCAAGUUGUUUGUUGUUAGUCAUUUGAAAGUAAAACUGCUGAAUAUAUGUAGCAAUUGACCAAAAUAGUCCAUACAGUAAUCAAGCUUUAUUAUUUUUGUAAAAAAACAAAAUGAGUAAAAAUACAGCUGGUCAUUUAACAGUGCCAGUUUUUUUUACAGAAACUAUUGAAUUAAAAACGGUAUUGAGCCCUGUGAAUAUCCAUAGUAGAUAGCCCAUGAUGCUCACCUAUUGGUUUCAGCUUUUGUUUCCUGCAAGUUUGUAUUAAAGCAUAAAUGUCUGUGGACUCACUAUUAAUUUACGCCUUACUUUUAAACUCUAGCCACUGUUGUACAGUAGCCAGUUCUGACAUGUUGUUACACUUAAAGAACUCAUUGUAUUUGGGACACCAUACUAAUUUAUGGCAUUCAUUUGCAAAAUGUUACUUCAAAAUGUAAUGUGUGGGUUUAUCAGAAAAAAAAGAAAUAUUCUGGAAGCUUCUGUCCCUGUCACUCCAGUGUUGUUAAUGUAUUCAUUUUAGCCACAUGUACUGUAUAAAGUGAAAUGUGAGACCCUGUGA